UCACUGAAACUUCGCCCUCUCUCGGGAGGCGAGUGGAGAGGCUUGGAUUAGAGCAGGUGAGACCGCGGCUUCCUCUCCGAGCGGCGAGUGGAGCUCCGAGUUUCGAAUCAGUGGCGGCGCCCGGCGUCGGGGCUGCAGGAAGGAUGCGAAGCGUGAGCGCGGCGUGUAUGCUGGGGGGCGCCAUCCUGCUGGCGGCCUCUGUCUCCUGCAGUCGUACCAUCCAAGGAACCAAUAGAACCUCUAAAGGAAGAAGUCUCAUUGGUAAGGUUGACAGCUCAUCUCAUAUCACUGGGAAAGGAGUUACCGUGGAGCCAGGCUUUUCUGUGGAUGAGUUUUCUGCCUCCGUCCUCACUGGAAAACUGACUACUGUCUUUCUUCCAAUUGUCUACAUGAUUGUAUUUGUGAUUGGUUUGCCAAGUAAUGGCAUGGCUCUGUGGGUCUUUCUUUUCCGAGCAAAGAAGAAGCACCCUGCUGUGAUUUACAUGGCCAAUCUAGCCUUGGCAGACCUCCUCUCUGUGAUCUGGUUCCCUUUGAAGAUUGCUUAUCACAUACAUGGCAACAACUGGAUUUAUGGGGAAGCUCUUUGCAAAGUACUCAUUGGCUUUUUCUAUGGCAACAUGUACUGUUCCAUUCUCUUCAUGACCUGCCUCAGUGUGCAGAGGUACUGGGUCAUCGUGAAUCCCUUGGUGCACCCCAGGAAGAAGGCAAACAUUGCCUUUGGGGUCUCGCUGGGGAUAUGGGUGCUGAUUCUGCUGGUUACCAUCCCCUUGUAUGUCGUGAAGCAGACUGUCUACAUUCCAGCCCUUAACAUCACAACCUGCCAUGAUGUUUUGCCUAAGGAGGUGUUGGUAGGGGACAUGUUCAAUUAUUUCCUCUCUCUGGCCAUCGGAGUCUUUCUAUUCCCAGCCUUGCUCACAGCCUCUGCCUAUGUGCUAAUGAUCAGAAUACUCCAAUCUUCUGAUAUGGAUGAAAACUCGGAAAAGAAGAGGCAGAGAGCCAUCAAACUCAUUGUCACUGUCCUGGCCAUGUACCUGAUCUGCUUCACUCCUAGUAACCUUCUGCUUGUGGUACAUUAUUUCCUUAUUAAAACCAGGAGCCAGAGCCACGUCUACGCCCUGUACAUUGUAGCCCUCUGCCUCUCCACCCUCAACAGCUGCAUCGACCCCUUCGUCUAUUACUUUGUUUCACAAGACUUCAGGGAUCACGCAAAGAAUGCUCUCCUUUGUCGAAGUGUACGUACCGUACGGCAGAUGCAAAUAUCUUUCACCUCAAAGAAGUCCUCCAGGAAAUCCAGCUCUUAUUCUUCAAGUUCAACCACUGUUAAAACCUCUUACUGAGUUUUUCAGGCCCUCCGUUGGUUGUUUUACAGGAGGAUUUGGAGCCUGCUUAAUGUUAUGGGUAUGUUUCUGUUGUCCCCUGACCAAGUGGGUCUCACCACACGCCAUGUAUAUGUAGCACCUCUCAGGAUUGCUGGAAGCUUCCCUGUUUGCAUGAGGAAAGUCCCCCAAGUUAACAGAUGUCAGUUUUAGAAUUCCUCUACUCAAGUGCUCUCGGAAAUGGAACUAACAGAAGCAAACUUUUUAGAAGGUGGUGAAAAAUCAGAAGCUCGGUGACUUGUACAAACUCUUGGCUGGAACUUAUAGCCGUGUUAGAGCUUUAGUGUCCUCAGAGAUGAUCAGACCAAUGGACUGACUGUACAGAUGAAGAAAGUAACAAGGUGAAGAAGCUACGCAGAGUCAGGGUCGCUUCUGUUCCAAUCAGGGGCAGCUGGUUAGCAUUGGACCAUAGACUUAGAAUGUUAGUGGGGUUUUCCUAUCACCUCCUUGUGGAUCUUGUUUAAAAAUGCAGGUUCGUUAGACUCAGGAAUGAGAGAGUACAGGGUCUGAGUCAGGAAACUGCAUUUUAACAAGCCUCUGCUUCAGAUGCUCAUGCACACCCAGGUUUGAGAACCACUGGUCUGGGUGCCAAGGGAAAAGCAAACUGCUUUGUGUCCCUUUUAUGUAUAGCUUGUAAUGAGAUCUGUUUGUUGUCUCAUUAUGACUUUCAGUUAUUUAUCAGCCCUCUGAGCUUUUGUAUAUAUCCUUAUCGCUACAAGGAAAAUACAUUGAAGAUUUUAAAUGUGGAAACACAAAGUUCAUGUAACUGUAUACUGCCUCAGAAUCUUCAGGUAGUCUGAGUUAUAGAUGGUUUCAAAGUAAGAGGGGCAUUUACCACUUAGUAUUUUUCAAAAUUAUAGUUGGAUUAUUUAUUGGCAGUUUUUUUCACUUGCUACAAAUACGAAAUUGUAAUGCCUUAGCUGGAUUUGAACUACAUCUGUUUGGAAAAGAAUGCUAAAGAGAUGUGAUAUAUAAGAUAUUUAGAGGGUACAUAUUCCAAAGUGAAUUUAUAUAACUUGUAUUUGUGAUUUUUUUUGAAAUAAUUUUAUUGUAAUGAUUGAUUUACAAAUAACACAUGACCCCACCUUUUUUUUACAGCUUAUUUUUGAGUUGUGUGUUUUGUGGGUUUUUUUGAGGGAGGGUGUGGGGAAAGGGUAGCUCCAGCAUCACUCCUAUAAAAAGAAAUGAUGUGAUGCUCACACCACAGUUCUUAGAUAAAUAAGGCCAUGCAGUACAUACUGCUUGAGGACAAUUGUUUUCACUUAACAUUUUAGAAUUUUUUCCAUUCUGUGUCUGUAGGUUGACCUCCAUUUUUAAUGGAUACAGACUUGAAUUUGGGGGUAUAUUGUGAUGUAGUUAGUUAUUUCCCUGGCGAUGUCUCCUGAAGUCUCUUUCUCUUUUUAUUAUUGUUGUUGUUGUUAUUAAAAUGGUGCCGCAUUGGACAUCUGUGUAGACAUCUUUGUGAGUAUUUCUAUAGGAUAAGUUCCUGGAAGUAGAAUGACCAGGUCAAAAGUCAGACGACCAUUUUAAAUUUUGGUAACUCUUGUCAAAUUGCCUUCAGUAGUUUAUAUUUCAACCAAAAUAGUACAUUUGCACCUGUUUCCUGAAAUGCUCCUCCACAUUUGCUCUAUCAAUCUUUUGGAAUUUUGCUAGUCCGACUAGAAACAGAAUCUUACUGUUUUAAUUUGCAUUGAAGCAGCACAGCCUUUUGACGAAGAGGGCAGCUCUUGAGCUGGCGGGUAGGGCUGACUUCUGCCCCCAUCGUACCUCGUUUUGUGAGCUAAGGGAAGAUCCUUCCCUGUGCCUUCGUUUCUCAUUUGUAAAACGAGGAAAAUGAUAUUUUCCUUAUGGAGUUAUGAGGGUUAAAUGUUCAGCACACAUAUGCACUCAUAAAUAUCACUUAGCGCUGUGACUCUUACACUGCUCAUGGGAUUUCAUUUCUGCUGUGCCCCCUUUCCCCUCCAGUUCCUGUUUAUACCUUGCCUUCCCUGCAGGCUCUGCUUUGAGUCUCAUAGCAGGCUUAGGCUGUCUUCAUCCUCCAGGUAAGAAAGCAAAAGAUGGUGGGCACAGAAGAAAAGGAAGCAGAAGCAGAUGGCUCACAGGGGCCCUGCAGGUGGUGUAUGGACUGAUCCAGUGGAAAAACUUAUUUUGGUAUUUGCUAUUUCUUUUGUUAAUCAUUUUUAUAAUACAUGCUGGUAUAUUAAACUGAACAAGAACAUAUGAAAAUUUUCUUUCCUACCUGUGCCCAUUCUCAUUUCCCAAAGGAAACAAAUUUUUAUAAUAACUUAUCUAUAAAAUGCAUAUGUAUAUUAUCCAUUAAAUAUAUUAACUAUUACAUAUCUUAAAUAUUAUAUAAUAAAUAUCUUAAGAAAUAUGUGAAUAUAUACAUGCGCACACAUGUUAACUGAUAAAUCCAUUAAUAUGGAUCUU